AUGAGCCCCUUUACCUUGGGUCUACUGAGUCUCCUCACGCUGACACUUGUCUCGUCUGCUGCUUCUGCUCUACCUCAACUCAGUUCGCCUCUAGGUCCUGUGGUCAACCUUGGAUAUGCUGCGUUUGUGGGAAAUUCCACGUCUCCGACAGGUCGGGUUAACAGUCCAGUAACUUUCUUUGGCGGGAUACCCUAUGCGCAGCCUCCAGUUGAAAACCUGCGCUUCCGAGGCCCUGCUCCUCUAGAUGAAAGUAUCGUAAACGGCGGAAGUGUUCCAAUUACAGAUGCACGUAAUUGGGGUUUUCCUUGCAUUCAGCAACCAGCGCAAGUCGGAAUAGGUGAAGAAGACUGCCUAACGAUCAAUGUUUGGAAACCAAGUGACGCAAAAGAGGGCGAUAAGCUGCCUGUAAUUGUAUACAUUCAUGGAGGUGGAUUCUAUUACGGCACACCGCAAGGCUUCCCAUUGUAUGAUUGGGUAAACCAAUCGAACCCGAAGAUCGUUGGAGUAUCCUUUGGUUAUCGUCUCAAUCUAUUCGGGUUUCUAGCGGGAAGCUCAGUGCAAGCAGAUGGCGACUUGAAUGCAGGGCUUCUCGACCAGCGAGCUGCUCUAGAAUGGAUUCAGCGACACAUUGCAAGCUUUGGCGGUGAUCCAGACCAUGUGACAAUUGAUGGCGAGAGUGCAGGGGGUGGAAGUGUUUUAAUGCAUAUUGCCGCUUAUGGGGGUUCUAAACCUCUGCCUUUCAAGCGCGGGAUAGGACAAUCGAUUGGCUAUAACUCCGCACCCACAGCAGAUGAAGCUGAAGCACGUUUUAAAACCGUCACGGGGGUUGUUGGAUGUCCAGAUUCCGGUCCGCGAGCUAUGACUUGUCUUCGGAAGGCUUCAAUCGGCGCUCUCGUAGCCGCCGUAAACGCUGUUCCGCCAACUUCCAUUGUACCGGUCGUCGACGGUCCCGAUGGGAUCCUUCCGGAGUUGCCUAGUGCAUUAAUUUCGUCCGGAAAAUUCAGAACGGUUGAUUUCCUGGGUGGACACUGUACAACCGAAGGACGCACUAUCUUGGAAGUACCUCCUCAGGAUAUUACCACAGAUGCAGAUAUUAUACGGUAUUUAUUCCAGGAAUGGGCCCCUCAUGUAACAAAUGAGACAAUCGAGAAAGCUUUUUCUCUGUAUCCGGCACCCGGAACUCCUAGCAGUCCGUAUGCUACGCAGUAUGACCGUGCAUGGACUAUGGCUCAAGAACUUCACCUUGGCUGUGCAGAUUGGUUCUUGGCGGACAACCUACAGCGCAAAGGCGCAAAGAAUGUCUUCACAUAUCGAUUCGACUCUCCAAACCCCGUCUUGCUCGCGCAAACGCCGUGGCAAGGUGUCAUGCAUACAUCUGAUCUUUUCUAUUUGUUCUCUGGUACAACCUCGGCGCCAAAUGCAGGAUUCAUUUUCACUGCGUUCAACAGCACCGAGGCUGUCCUCUCAAGGGAAUCAAUCGCAUUCUGGACGUCAUUCGUAUCCUCUGGUAAUCCGUCGGCUUCUCGAGAAGCGAUAUCACCUGAAUGGAUGCCGUUCUCGACCGGAGGACGAAUGGUUCUUAGUCAGCCAACGAAUUCGAGUUUGAUGAUGAGUGCUUCGAUGAUGGAGGUCACACCACCCGAUGAGAUUGAACGAUGCAAGUUCUGGAUGUCAGUAAAUGUGACGGCUCAGACGAGAAUCUGAAGAAGGUGACCGACUGACCAUUCGCAUUCCGUGUCUUCGCAUAGUCGGAAUGUAGUGUCACAAUGCAAUGUGUGCGGUCAGCUGCACAUUUCAAAAUAUAUUUAACAGAACCAUCUUUUUACACGAGUGCCCACUUGUCCGUUUGCCCGUUCGUGUGUUUGGUUCAGUACUAGUCGAAGUCGGAGCCGCACUUUCUCCUAAUCAUUUUUAGCUAUACUUUUGUGUGACGGCCCCAGCUUGUUCCCAACUAUGUUUCUCAGCGAAAGUUCGCUGUGCCUUCGUUUCCAGUGCAUGCAAUCCGUCUCCGUUUUAUGUCCC